AUGCAACCAAAAUCUGGGGCCAAUGGAACAGCCGUUACUGAAUUCAUCCUGCUGGGCUUGGUGGACACACCGGGGUUGCUACCACUUGUCUUUGUGCUCUUCCUCUUUGCCUACCUGCUCACAGUUGGGGGCAACCUCAGCAUCCUGGCUGCCAUCUUGGUGGAGCCCAAACUCCACACCCCCAUGUACUUCUUCCUGGGGAACCUAUCAGUGCUGGAUAUUGGGUGCAUCACUGUCACUGUUCCCUCAAUGUUGAGUCGCCUCUUGUCCCACAAGCGUACAGUUCCCUAUGGAGCCUGCCUCACACAGGUUUUCUUCUUCCAUCUCCUGGUUGGUGUGGACUGCUUCCUAUUGACAGCCAUGGCCUAUGACCGGUUUCUGGCCAUCUGCCGGCCCCUCACCUACAGCACCCGCAUGAGCCAGAUGGUUCAGAAGAUACUGGUGGCUGUGUCCUGGGCUUGUGCCUUCACCAAUGCACUGACCCACACUGUGGCCAUAUCCACACUCAACUUCUGUGGUCCCAAUGUGAUCAAUCACUUCUACUGUGACCUGCCACAGCUCUUCCAGCUCUCUUGCUCCAGCACCCAACUCAAUGAGCUGCUGCUCUUUGCUGUUGGUUUCAUAAUGGCAGGUACACCCAUGGCUCUCAUUGUCACCUCCUAUGCUCACGUGGCAGCAGCAGUUCUAAGAAUCCGCUCAGUGGAGGGCAGGAAGAAGGCCUUCUCCACAUGUGGCUCCCAUCUCACUGUCGUUGCCAUAUUCUAUGGUUCUGGUGUCUUUAAUUACAUGCGACUAGGCUCAACCAAGCUUUCAGAUAAGGAUAAAGCUGUUGGAAUUUUUAACACUGUCAUCAACCCCAUGCUGAACCCUGUCAUCUACAGCCUCCGGAACCCUGAUGUGCAGGGUGCCCUCUGGCGGGUGAUCACAGGGAAGAGGUCACUGACAUGA